AUGAAAAAUAAAUCAAUCUAUGAAAUGUCAAUAAUGUUACCAAAUGAAAGAUUACUUAUACAAUCAAUGAACAAUACACAAGUAUCGUUUCCUUCUGCCACUUGUAUGCAUCAUGAAUUUAUUUAUCAAGUAGCACAACAUCCACAAAAAAUAGCUGUUGAACUUGAUGAACAAUCAUUAACAUAUACAGAACUUUUAUAUUAUGUUCAACAACUUUCUCUCGUCUUAUUAAAUAAAUACCAUGUGAAAUGGGAUGAUAUUAUUUGUCAGUGUGUAGAGCGAAGUUUAUCUAUGGUCAUUGGCAUUUUAUCAAUUAUUAUGGCCAGUGGUGCCUAUUGUCCUUUAUCAUCACAAGAUCCGUCACAACGUCUACAAAUUCUUGUGAAAGAAACUCGAAGUCAUUUAUUUCUUGUUCAUUCAUCUACACGCAUUCUUUUUGAAAUCGAUAUUGUAACUUUAAAUAUUGAUACAAUUAUAAAUAAUGAAGCAAAUUCUACCAGUAUUCAUCUGACUCAAAUGUCAAAUGUACCAAUAACACCAGAAAAUAUUCUCUUUGUAGUUUUUACUAGUGGAUCAACUGGUAUUCCGAAAGCGGUUCAAUUACGUCAUCGAAAUUUCACUCAAUUUUUACGCUCAUUUGUUUAUGCUGAUAUAUUAACAAAAACUGAUACAAUAAUACAGAUAGCUCGAUGUUCUUUUGAUAAUCAUUUAUUAAGUCUUGUUGGUACAUUAACUAUUGGAGCUACAUUAAUAAUGCUUCGACCAGAAGGUCAUAUGAAUUUUGGUUAUCUUGCAAGAGUAUUGAAUGAAAAACAGAUUACUGUUAUGCAAGCUGUUCCAUCUUUAUGGAAUAGUCUAUCUAAUUUUCUCAAAACUACUAAUCGAAAAUCGUCAGUACAAUGGUUACGAACUAUAUGUAGUGGUGGUGAAGUUCUCAACAAUAAACUAGUUAAUCUAUUGAGAAGUCAAGUGAGAAGUGAAUGUCGAAUUCGAAAUCAUUAUGAUCCAGCUGAAAUUACUAUUAAUUGUACCAAUCAUUUAAUUGAUCUAAAUAAAGAUCAAACAGAUAUUCCAAUAGGUCAAUAUCUUCCCAAUUAUCAUUUUUUAAUAUUAGACAUGUUCUUACAAACUGUUGGUAUUGGACAAGAAGGAGAAUUAGUUGUUGGAGGUGUUGGUGUUUUUGCUGGAUAUCGUGGUCGUGAUGAUUUAACAGCUCAAGUAAUGAUUAAUAUUAAUGAGCAAAUAUUUUAUAAAACAGGUGAUCUUGUUAAAAUGGAUAGCAAUGGACUGAUUCAUUAUGUUGGUCGGAGAGAUUUUCAAGUGAAAUUACGUGGACAACGUAUUGAAUUACAAGAAAUUGUACAAUGUUUACUUAUGUUAACAUCCGUUACUACAUGUGUUGUUAUCAAAUGGGAUGAAAAUCAUCUUAUUGCUUAUGUUCAAAGUGAUAGCAUUAAUGUUGAACAAUUACGUCAUCAUUGUCAAUCUAAUCUACCAUCACAUAUGAUUCCAUCAAUAUUUAUUAUACUUGAAAAACUACCUUUGAGUCCAAAUGGAAAAGUAGAUCGAAAACGUCUUCCACCACCGGAUUUAUCAUUAUUGACUCUCUCAUCAUCAUCAUCAUCAUCAACAACAGGAUUAGAAAACAGAUCUAAUCUUCCACAAAAUCAAUUACAAAAACAAAUACAUGAUAUUUGGUGUGAAAUUCUUCGAUGUUUCGGACAACACAUUUCAACAACUGCAAAUUUCUUUAGUAUUGCUGGUCAUUCACUUUUAUUUAUUGAACUUUAUCAUCGAUAUCAACAAUUAUAUGAUUUUGAUAAUCGUGUACUUUCUAUUGGCUUAUUUCUUCAACAACCAACUAUUCUUCAACAUUCACAAUUACUUCAAUCUAUUACAAUCAAUCAAAUGAAAUCAGAACAUUGGCAUACACUACAUAUCAAUCAAGGUAUUGCAUCUUUUGCUCAAGAACGUAUUUUUCUUGAUGAACAAAUGCGUUUUUCUAACAAAAUUGCUAUCUACAAUGAACUGACUGCUUUAAAAGUUAUUCAAGGUUCAAUAUCAAGAGAUCGUCUAUUAGAAGCUAUUGAAUAUAUUUUAAAUAAGCAUAAAAUAUUACGUACAUUCCUCACUUUCAACAAUGAUAAUGGUAUUCUUGAACAACAUAUUGAUAAUAAACAUCGUAUAUUUCAACUUGUUCCCAAUCAAACAUUUCAAAAUGAAAAUGAACUUCAAGAUAUUCUCUAUCAAACAAUUAUUAAUCCUAAUUUAUUUGAUUUAUCCACUGGUCGUGUUUUUCAUUGUGAAGUACUUCGACAAGAACUCAUAUCUAAUAAUAAUAAUAAUAAUGAUAAUAAUAAUAAUGAUAAUAAUAGAUUCAUUACAGAUUCUGAUAUUCUUCUUAUAGCAUUUCAUCAUGCUGCAACAGAUCGAUCAGCUUAUCAACUUUUUCUAAAUGACCUUUGUUUUGCUUAUAAUACAAAUGUAAAAUGGGUAGGUGACGAAGAUUUAUUACAAUAUAUUGAUUAUUCUGUUCACGAACGUUUAAUUGAUAUGAAACCAUCACGUGAUUUUUGGCUUCUAGAAUUGAAAGACUAUGAUUUUGAACAUCGAUUAUCAUUAUCGACUGAUCAACAUUGUUUAUCUAAUGAUCAACGAUCUGGUUUUGCUUCAAUUGCUCAGAUUUCUUUUGAUAAAAAUAUUUCAAAAUCAUUUCUUAAUUAUGUUUCUACACAUCAAACUACUUCAUUUCAAUUAGGUAUGGCAUUAUUUUAUAUUUUCCUAUUUAAAUUAACUCAAGAUCAAAAUGAUUUAUGUAUUUCUUGUCAUAAUGCAAAUCGAUAUAAAACUGAAUUACAAAAUAUGAUGGGAAUGUUUAUUUCAACAUUACCAUAUCGUAUGAAACUUGAUUCUAGUUGGUCAUUUAAUGAACUUGUUAAACAAGUACAAGAUAAAUGUAUAUCAAUUCUUGAACAUUCUCAUUAUCCAUUACAAAAUAUUCUAACUGAUAUUCAUGCUAGUCAAUCUAAUGUUUCUUUUCUUCAAACAGUAUUUGAUUUUAUUACUCGAUCUCCUGGUAUUGAUCAAUUAUCUUUAGAUGAUGUCAAUUUAAAACCAAUUGAAUUAAAACAAUCCAUUGAAAUUGCUAAAUUUGAUUUUAUGUUAACAUUUAUUUACAAUCCAAUGUUAAAUGAUGAGAUGUUAUCAUGUCGUUUUGUUUGUUCACAUGAUCUAUUCGAAGAUAUGACAGUUACGAAAAUUGCUCGACGAUUUCAAUAUCUUAUUGAACAACUAUUUUCAAUGGAUUCUAAUAUUAAUCAAACUGAUAUUCUUGUUUCACCUAUUACUAAACUUAGUCUUAUUUUACCAGAAGAAGUUUAUGAAAUGGAACGCAUAGUUUUUUCACCAGCAUCAUAUGCUCAAGCACGUAUUUGGCUUGAUGAACAAAUUCGUUUUGAUUCAAAAAACCCUCAAGUUGCCAUAUAUAAUAUGCCUUUUCUUCAUCGACUUUCAUCGCGUGGUACUCUAUCAAUAUCUAAACUUCGUCAAGCUUUACAACAUGUUCUUAUAAAACAUUCUACUCUUCGUACAUCACUCUAUUUCGAUACAAAUAAAAAUAUAUUAAUGCAAAAGAUUAUUGAUCAUACUGAUAAUAAAGAAUUAUUUACAUUUAUUGAAAGUACUUUCGAAACAGAUGAAGAUCUCAAUAAAAUUAUGCAUAAUGAACGUGGGAAUCCAAAUAAUUUUAAUCUAUUGACUGGUGUUGUUUGUCGGUGUCAUGUUGUUUAUUAUAAAAACAUUUCUCAAAAAGGAAUCAUUUGUGAAAAAGAUGCACUAAUCUUUAAUUUUCAUCAUGCUUUAUUUGAUUUUCCAUCAAUGAAAAUGUUUUGUCAAGAUCUUGAUCAAGCAUAUACAAUGGGUUACUUGGAAAAUGAUGAUAAUACAACUUUGCGUUAUCUUGAUUAUGCUCUGGUUGAACAACAAAUGCCAAUGACAGCUGCCAAUGCAUUUUGGCUUGAUGCUCUUCGUGAUUGUGAAAUCGAUCGACCUUUACAAUUACCAUUUGAUCGACAUCGUGUUUUUGAUGAACAUCGUACAGGUCGUGGAACUUCAAUUUCAUUUCAAGUUGACAACGAUCUUUCAAAAGCAUUUCUAACUUAUGCAUCAACAUAUAAUAUUAAACUUGAAUAUUUAGCACUUGCUUCUUAUUAUACAUUCUUAUUUAAAUUAGCCAAUAAUGAAAAUGAUAUAUGUAUUGUUAUGAAUAAUCAUGGUCGUUCGAAACCUGAAUUAAUGUCAAUUAUUGGAAUGUUUGUUAAUGCACUUCCAAUGCGAUGUCAAAUUAAUUCUAAUCAGUCAUUUGAUGAAUUUGUACAACAUGUAUAUACAAGAGCAACACAAACAUUCGAACAUUCUUAUUUUCCUCUUCAACGUAUUCUUGCUCAACAUCCACAUAUUUCUCGUCCUACAUUUCUUGAUGUAUUCUUUGGAUUUGUUUCUUUUUCAACUGAUGAUAGUCAUAAUGAAGUGACAUUAGGAGAUGUUCCUAUUUAUAUUAUGCCUGAUUCAAUUCAGAUAAAUACAGAUGAAAUUGCAAGUAAAUUUGAUUUUUCUCUAAGUAUUAUACAUGAUACAAUAACCGACCAAUUAUCAUGUUCAAUCGAGGCAUCUCUUGAUUUAUUCAAUCCAUCAACAACAUAUAAAAUUGGACAACGAUUUCAAAUUUUACUUCAACAACUUUUCACAUCAGAUUUAAUAGAUCAAACUUAUCAAUCGAUUCAUGAAUCAUCAAUAAUGUUACCUAAUGAAAAGAUUCUUAUGACAUCAAUGAAUAAUACUCAAACUUUAUUUUCUUCAUCGAAUCAUUGUAUACAACAUGAAUUUAUCCAACAAGUAAAUAAACAAUCACAAAAGAUAGCCAUGGAACUUGAUGAGCAAUCUCUUACUUAUAAUGAAUUAUUAUAUUAUGCACAAUGUUUAUCUCUUGAAUUUCUAACAAAUUCAAAUUUUAUUCCUGGUAAUGUUGUUUGUCAAUGUAUAGAUCGUAGUAUAUCAAUGUUUAUUGGUAUGUUAUCUGUUAUUAUGGCUGGUGGUUCUUAUUGUUCAUUAUCGCCUCGGGAUAAAUUCAAAGAGAAAACAAUGAUAAUUAAUAUUAAUACAAUGAUAAUAAAUAAUAAUGAAACAGUCAAUACAAAUCAUUUAGAUCUAUUUACAACUUUCAAAAUAAACUCUAAAAAUGUUGCUUUUGUAAUCUUUACUAGUGGUUCAACAGGCACAUCAAAAGCGGUUCAAAUAAUGCAUUAUAAUCUAUUGAAUUGUAUUUGA